AAUGCACUCGAUGGCGGGAACCGUGCCGAUGGACGUCGUUGAGCUCAUCGCGAUGCAAGUAGCGUGCCCUUCGAGCCUCUCGGCCCUGCUAGGCGCACUGCCGCCACCCGCCGUGACACCUGCGCUCGCUGCGCUCCAAGCGCUGACGCAACGCCCGACCACCGUGCGCGUCACGUGGCCUCGCAUCGCGCUCCUCUCGACGCCGUCGGCCUCGACGCACUCGCAUCUCAAGAGUCUCAUGCACCACGACGCUCAGAUCGAGCUCGUUUUGCGCCAGCCUCUGGACAUCCUCGAGGCCGCCGUGCCGCUGACCGCAGUGACACGAGUCCACAUUGCACCGAUCAAACCGCUCUCGGAAGCCGACGGCGUCAUGCUGCACCUUGCUCUCGAGCGCGCACCUCUCAAGCGCCUGGUUGUCAACACCGCUCGACAAGACAAUGGCCGCUGGCUUUGCCACGUCCUGCGGCUGCUAACCAAGGGCCGCGUGCGGGAGCUUGUGCUCGUCGGCGACCCACGAACGUCACUGUUGCCAACGGCCGAUGCGGAUCUGCAAGUGUGGCUGUCGUCAGGUCGGUCGCUGUGCUUGCGAGGCCUGCACGUGUCGGCGGCGCUCGCGGCGGCGCUGGCGCAGGCGUUGGCGCUGCAGUCGCUCGCACUGGAUCGCGUGCUCGGGCUCUCGGGCCCCGUCCUCUUGCCGGCAUCGCUCAAAACGCUCACGUGGAUCUUUGACGCGCGACCGUUGGCGUCUACCGCCGUAGCGGCAUCGCUGCUCACGGCGCCUCGCUUGACACACUUGGCUCUGGACGGCGGUCUCUGCCCCGACGCAGUGGCGACGGCCCUCGCAGCGCUGCCCGCUCUGACGUCGCUGCGCCUCAAUGGCCUCGCUCUAUCGACGUCGCUCAUCGCAGCGCUACCGCAGCUCCAGCACCUCGCCCACUUGAGCCUCAGCGGCCACGCGUUUGGAUCGCUCGCGCCAGCGCUGGCGGACGCGCUUCCGCUCUGCGGCCGCCUCACGUCGCUGGAUUUGCGUCGGCGCAAACUGCCGUCGUCGGCCUUGCACGUGCAACGGCUCCGUCACGCACUCGGCCGGAUGCCAACUCUUCGCCGCCUUGCGUGGACAAGCGCGGGCGUCGGCGACUGCGUCGUCCCACACCUAAGCGCGCUCUCUCUCUCGAGCGAUCCGUGCGUGUACCCGACGUACCGGCCCGUCGUCAUGGACGGCAUCAAGUCCCUCAGCGCGCUCGUCGAGCUGGCGCUGACAGAGAACGAGCUCGACGACCGCGGCGCGCGCGCGUUGGGCGAGGCGUUGCCGCGCUGCCGACAGCUGCGGUCGCUGGACGUACACGGCAACGCGUUUACGAGCCGCGGCCUCGAUGCGAUCUUACACGGCCUUCCUCGCUCGCUUGAAGCGCUCAACGUCGUGUCCAGAGGGUACUACUGGUCGGGCCUCGACGCCGUCCUCACGGCUUUGACGCACGCAGCGUGGCGCUCGCUGGACGUCGCCGUCAACUACGAGCACGACCUCGACCGCGCCUUGCGCUGGCUGCUCGCCCACACGCAGUUUGUCGUGGCCCUGCCGCCGCAUGCAAGCAGCAUCAAGCCAUCGAGUCACGCGCUUGUCGAAGCGAUUGAUGCGAGUCGCACGGGCCACGCCUGUGUCGUCCGCCUCCACCUCCGGGACACCCUCUCCGGCGCCUUUCUCGAUCCAUAUCCAUGACGUGGCACCACGUCCAGCCGACACCAGCAUGUGUUUGUCUCAAUGGCAGGAAAUAGAGGUGAACCCUGA